CUGCACCCCCGGCCAAGAGUUUCCCACGUCCAAGGGCCUCAGAUCAGCUGCUUCACUCCCACAAACUUCACCGCCAAGCAGGCGGGAUACGUGGACACGUACUGCUGGGACUCCCUCAUGCACCACGAGUUCGACGGGGACGGGAACUUUGAGGAGCGCUCUCUCUGGGUGCACAAAAGAGAGCGCUCCUCAAAGUUCCCGUCCCCGUCGAACUCGUGGUGCAUGAGGGAGUCCCAGCAGUACGUGUCCACGUAUCCCGCCUGCUUGGCGGUGAAGUUUGUGGGAGUGAAGCAGCUGAUCUGA